GGCAGCGGGAGCUGUUUUAAAAGAGGAGAGCAGAGCUCCGGAGAACUGAGAGCAAGCGAGAGCGCACGGAGCAGAUAUAGACAGGAGCUGAAACUGACCAGGGCUCAGGAGCACUGGAGAUCUGCAACUCUCCCCACAGCUGACUGCCCGAGAGCUCCGGAGCAAGAGCUUGCAAGGAAGCCGAGCGGGCAGCGAGAUUUUCCCAGUUCCCUAGAGACACCUGAGCGCUGGCCAUGAAGCUCUUGACAGGACUGCUGCUCUUGCUGCUCCUUGUAUUGUGCUGUUUCGGGGUAGAAGGGUCAAAAUGCAAAUGCUCAAGGAAAGGACCAAAGAUAAGAUACAGUGAUGUCAAGAAGCUGGAAAUGAAACCAAAGUACCCGCACUGUGAAGAGAAGAUGGUUAUCAUCACUACCAAGAGCAUGUCACGGUACCGGGGACAAGAACACUGCCUACAUCCCAAACUCCAGAGUACAAAGAGAUUCAUCAAGUGGUACAAUGCGUGGAAUGAGAAACGCAGGGUGUAUGAAGAGUAAGACAAGAAAAUCCUAAUGAAAAAAGUCAGAAAUUUUUGGAAGACUUGAACAAAGGACUCUGCAGAAAAACCUUUCUUUCUCACAGACAUAAGACACAAAUUAUAUAUUGUUACAAAAGCACUUUUUACCAAGGGUCAGUUUUUACAUUUUAUAGCUGUUUGCAAAAGGUUUCCAAGUGUCCUGUCUCUUGCAUUUCAGAGCUCACAACUGUAUGCUUUUUACUGAAUUUGGAAAAAUCCAUGUCUUUCAUUUUUUAAAUGUCUUUUUGUAUUCAUUCAUCCAUCACUAUGAUUGCAACUGAGCUUUAUAAGCUCAUUAGCUGGACAAAUAAUCUGUGUGGUGGUUAUUGCAUAGCAGCGCUCUGUUACUUGUAGCCCUAAGAAGAUUUCCACUUCAGAUUUUAUAGUGACUUUCCACAGGGGCCCUUCCAUAGAGGGGAGAAGGCACACAGCUUACAGUGUACCCUGCCAUGCUACUGUGUUGCUAUAUGUCUAUGCAAUAUGGGCCCACAGCAGCUGGUAGAACUGAAUGAGCAUCAUUCUUCCAUAUGCUCUUUGCUGAAAUAAAAGCUGAUUGCCAGGGAAGUGUACUUAAUUCCCCCCAGUUAAUUUUUACACAUAGUAGAAGGGGAAGUGUGGGUGAUCCCAAGCCAAAUUCAUGUCUAAGGAGGAUGCUGGAUUCUUCUCCCAUUAAGAGGAGAUAUGAAAGGUAGACUGCUCCAAUCUCAAGUAUUUUAUGCUUCAAGAACAAUAGAUUUGCUAUCUUUCUUAGUAAAAAUCCUUCAAGGAAACUUUAUAUAUAUAUAUGUACAUGCACGCAGGCAUACAAAUACACAUACAUAUAAAGAAUGUGACCCCCCCCCCCAACCAGAAACACACACAAUCUCUGUCAUUGUGAAUGUAAUGCUUCCAUGGUUAAUAGUACAGUUCUCUCUCUUUUUUAAAAAAUAGAGUAACAAAACUACCUUUCCCUUUGUAAAUAUACUCUAGUCAAACUGCGUAUCAUGUUCUUCCAGUAUCAUGUAUUACACAAUGAAGUUAUCAUAUGAUAUUUAAAUGUCUGAAAUAAUUAGAGUUGCAUGCAGUUUUCAUAUUCUUUCUAAGACAAAUGGAAAAGUAAUAAAAUAUAUUUAAAA